GGCAUCGCCUCGCCCUGCCUGCUGUGUGCGCGUGUGCGCGCGGGUGUGCGCGCGUGUCCGUGCGCGCGCGUGUGCCCGCGUGCGCGCGCGUGUUCCCGCGGGCGCGCACGUGUGUGUGCGCGAGUGCGGAUCCCACAUUUCCUCCCAUCCCGAGCCUCCCUGUCCGCUCGCACAUCACUCACUGCCUGGCAUCUGACAGCACGGAACCUGCGGCGCUCCGCGCACACGCACGCACACACACCGCGCACACCCGGGCACCGCUCCGCCAUACGGCUCUGCGAGGAGGAGGAGGACAGGACAGGGAAGGGAGGAAGCAGCCAGCCCCACAGUCUCUCCAGAGCUGCCUUUUUAAUAUAUACAGAUCUAUUUUGUUAUUUAUUUAUUACCGUUCUCUGGCACUGUGGGCGCCUUUCAUUUGCUCCUGAGCUUGGAUGUUUGAAUCAAAGCAAAGCAAGUGUUGCAACAGUUAAAAAAAAAAAAAAAAAAAAAAAAAAGCCAACCAAAAAAAAAAAAAAAAAAAAAAAAAAGAAAAGGAGAGAGAGAGAGGAAAAAAAAAAAAGAAAGAAACCUAGAUCUCUAAAAUAAAAUAAAAACCAAACAGGUUCCUAUCAGUGAAGUGGAAAGGAGGGGGGCAGGGGAGGCUUGAGGGGGGUGCUGGGGAAGCAGCUGAGAGGCAGAGGAACACGGCUCAGGAGCGUCUCAGGGCUCUCGGAUCUGGGGACAGAAGUGAGAUUGGAGAAAGUAGAGCGAUGCCAAGGAGGAAACAGCAAGCACCCAAACGGGCUGCAGGUUAUGUCCAAGAGGAAGAUUUAAAGGAAGAGGAAGAUAUAAAGGAGGAGGAAGAAGACGACGAUGACAACAACUCCACUGCUCAGCUGCAGGGCAGCAAUGACCCUGGCACGGAUGAGGAGCACGAAGUGGGUGCUGAGCAGAAAGGGAACUUUAGCUUCCAGAAUUCCCCUGUCAGUCACAUAUCCAACCAGGACGCAGAGAACGAGUCACUCCUGAGUGACAGCAGCGACCAUGUGGCAGAGAUCAAAAACAUCUGCUCCAGGGAGCCCCAGGAGCCCAAAGGCAGCGCCCACCCCAAAGCCCAGAGCGAAGCACACGACUGCAUGGAUAAAAUGACAGCAGUCUAUGCCAACAUCCUGUCGGACUCUUACUGGACAGGCUUGGGGCUGGGCUUCAAGUUGUCCAACUCGGAAAAGCGGAGCUGCGACAACAGGAACGGAGGGAACAAAGCAGAUUUCGACUGGCACCAAGACGCUCUGUCCAAAAGCUUGCAGCAGAAUUUGCCUUCCAGGCCUGUCUCCAAGCCCAACCUGUUCAGCUCGGUGCAGCUCUACAGGCAGAGCAGCAAGAUGUGCGGGACGGUGUUCACGGGCGCCAGCCGGUUCCGCUGCCGGCAGUGCAGCGCUGCCUACGACACCUUGGUGGAGCUCACGGUGCACAUGAACGAGACGGGGCACUACCAGGAUGACAACCACAAAAAGGACAAGCACAGACCCACCAGCUACUCCAAGCCCCGGAAAAGGGCCUUCCAGGACAUGGACAAGGAAGAUGCACAAAAAGUUCUGAAGUGUAUGUUCUGUGGCGACUCUUUUGAUUCCCUUCAAGACCUGAGUGUUCAUAUGAUAAAAACUAAACAUUACCAAAAAGUGCCUUUGAAGGAGCCGGUACCAACCAUUUCUUCAAAAAUGGUCACUCCAGCCAAGAAACGUGUGUUUGAUGUGAACAGGCCUUGCUCCCCCGACUCCACGACGGGGUCUUUCUCUGACACCUUCUCUCCUCAGAAGAACUCAAACCUGCAGCUCUCCUCCAACAACCGCUACGGAUACCAGAACGGGGCCAGCUACACCUGGCAGUUCGAGGCCUGCAAAUCCCAGAUUUUGAAGUGUAUGGAAUGUGGAAGCUCUCAUGAUACCUUGCAGCAGCUCACCACCCACAUGAUGGUCACCGGCCAUUUCUUGAAAGUCACGAGUUCAGCUUCAAAGAAAGGAAAGCAACUUGUUCUGGAUCCUCUAGCUGUGGAAAAAAUGCAAUCGCUGUCUGAAGCACCAGCCAGUGACAGCCCUGUUUCAAAAUCAAGUAAAUCAUCUGCAGAAUGCAUAGGUCCUGCCUCUGAACUUAAAAAAGAAAGUAAAAAAGAUAAAGCUGAUGAUGCAAACAAAGAUGAGAAAGCGAUGAAAACUGAGGAGUACGAAGACACUCUUCAGAAACCCCUGGAUCCCACAAUGAAAUACCAGUACCUGCGAGAAGAAGAUUUAGAAGAUGGCUCAAAGGGCGGUGGGGACAUUUUGAAGUCCUUGGAGAACACUGUCACGACAGCCAUCAAUAAAGCUCAGAACGGAGCUCCCAGCUGGAGUGCAUAUCCCAGCAUCCACGCAGCUUACCAGCUCUCAGAGGGAGCCAAGCCCUCCCUGCCUGUGGGAUCCCAGGUGCUCCAAAUCAGGCCAACCAUGACCAAUAAAUUGAGGCCCAUAGCACCCAAGUGGAAGGUGAUGCCUCUGGUCCCUAUCUCAGCAAACGUCAGCCAGUGCACUCAAGUGAAGAAGGAGGCUGAGGACAAGGAGGAGGCACAAAAGGACUUUGCUAAGGAGAGCGUCCAGGCUGAGCCAGCCUCGCUCAGCCAGAGCGAGAGGGAGCCUCUCCUCAAAGCUGAAGCCUCUGCGGAGCCAAAAAAGAUAGAACCGUGUCCCUUGAAAGAAGAAGACAAAAUUAAAGAGGACAGUGGGAAAGAAAAGCCGGUCCUGAAGGAGGCACCAGCAGCUUCCCUCAGUAACGGCUGUGCUGCUGCCAGCCAUUCCUCGGAGCUGCCCUGCGUGAACCCCCUGAGCGCGCUGCAGUCCGUCCUGAACAACCACCUGGGCAAGGCCACCGAGCCCUUACAGCCUCAAUCCAACUGCAGCCCCAGCUCCAGCACAAUUUCCAUGUUCCACAAACCCAACCUAAACGUGAUGGAGAAGCCGGUUUUAUCCCCUGCUCCAACCCCACCAAAGCCUGCAAGCGUUUCCAGGCACUAUUUGUUUGAAAACAACGAUCAGCCUAUUGACCUGACCAAAUCCAAAGGCAAGAAAGCUGAGUCAGCUCAAGCACAAUCUUGUACUUCUCCACCUCAAAAGCACGCUCUGUCUGACAUCGCCGACAUGGUCAAAGUUCUUCCCAAAGCUACCACACCAAAACCUGCUGCAUCCUCAAGGAUCCCGCCCAUGAAGUUGGAAAUAGAUGUCCGGCGCUUCGAGGACGUCUCCACAGAGGUCUCCACCCUGCAUAAAAGGAAGGGCAGGCAGUCAAACUGGAACCCUCAGCAUCUGCUCAUUUUGCAAGCUCAGUUUGCUUCCAGCCUCUUCCAGACAUCUGAAGGUAAAUAUUUAUUAUCAGAUCUAGGCCCACAAGAGCGCAUGCAGAUUUCCAAAUUCACUGGACUGUCGAUGACCACCAUCAGCCACUGGUUGGCAAAUGUCAAGUACCAACUUAGAAAAACCGGAGGAACAAAAUUUUUGAAAAACAUGGACAAAGGACAUCCAGUCUUUUAUUGCAGCGACUGUGCAUCUCAGUUCCGAACCCCCUCUACUUACAUUAGCCACUUAGAAUCCCACCUAGGUUUCCAAAUGAAAGACAUGAACAGGCUGGCUGUGGAGCAGCAAACCAAGGUAGAGCAAGAAAUCUCCAGAGUUUCAGUUCAAAGAUCUCCUGAAACAAUAGCUGGAGAAGAGGACACAGACUCUAAGUUCAAAUGUAAGUUGUGCUGUCGGACAUUUGCGAGCAAACAUGCAGUAAAACUUCAUCUAAGCAAAACACACAGCAAGUCACCAGAACACCAUUCACAAUUUGUAGCAGAAGUGGAUGAAGAAUAACUCUUAAGGUAUGCAUGCUCUAUAGUGAGUUUUCAUUUCAGCAUUUCCAGGAGGCUCUGUGCUUUGGUAAAAGUAGGAAAACAGAAUAAAAUGCAUUGAGUGUGCUGCGCCGCUCCUCCCUGGCACGUGCACAUCCAUUUUCUAACGUGUUCAGGAGGAGAGCUUGGUCAAUGCAAACCCACACUGCCCUAGAGAGAAAUGUUGCUGCUUAUUAUUUGCUAAAUAGCCCAUUUCUCUUUUCUUCCUAAGAACAAAUCAUUUCACAUCCACGGCACUUCUGUGUGGAAUGCAAGAACUAAGUGCUACUCUUUGCAGUGAGAAUGGAAAAAAAGCAGAUAAAGAGCACUGAAACCCAAAAGGUUAUUACCUCAUUCAGUGCUGGCACACCAAUAAAUCUGAUUUGGAUGGGGAAAAGAAGAAAAUUCAAAAGUCAAAUUAGCAAAAUCUCAAUUAUUCCAAGUUUCUCAUAACCUCAAGCAGAGCCUCGAGAAUCUACAAAUAACUCUGAAAAGUUCCUAUCUAGAAAUUCAGUUAUUCUUCUGUUGAUAUUUGGAUGUUCAGUUUUGUAAAAUAUUUUAAUAUUUUACACUUACUUAAACACUUGCUACUGUGAGUGGCCUUUUUUGUCACAUCAUUUUAACCUCUCUCUCCAUCAUUCCUUUUUUAAUCUUUAAGAUGUUUGAUUAUAUUUUGCUUCAUGUUGGUGGAAGUCAAUCCAUAAACAUCACUGACUUCAGUGCAAGUUCUCAUAUAACCUGGGGGAGUUAAUGCUUAAUUGAGAUUUUUUACAAGCUUAAUAUUUCCAAGACCUGUUAGUAGGAUAAUGCUGCGUUAGUGUUGCUAUUUUUUUGCUGCAAGAUACACCAGUUGCCACAACCAAUGUUUAUAACAUGUAAUGUAAUAUUCAGAUGCCACACCAUUUUUGCAUUUUUAAUUUUACUUGAUUCACAAACUUGAAUAUUCUUGAUUGAAAUAAAUAUGCAGAACAUCAACUAAAAGUCCAAAUAGAAGUUUUUUGUUCUAACCAGUUUUUUUCCAGGAAGGUCUCUGUUUAGUUGUUCCCAGCAAUUCCUCCAGCAGACUCAGUCUCUGCUUGUGUUCACAGAACAAUCAUGUGCAGAUCCAGGUUUUCUCCAAGGUGUUCAUUACUUGAAUAACAUUCAGAAAAUGAAUUUGUCAGAUGGUCAAAAUUAAAGAUGUGCUGUGAGUUGUCACUGAUGUCACUUGGCUUUGUGGCCAUCCUCUGGAGGAUGGAGGGGACGGGGCUCAAUCCCCAUUUGGGAAAAUAUUUCCCAUUUGUUUGCUGCAAAAUUCAUGUUUUAGGAAACACUGUCUGUGGCCAAAGCCAGCACGAGGGCUCUGUGUCACUUAAGCUCCAUUAAAAAUGCUACUUUUGAAUAAUUUAAAGCACUGAUGAGGGGUUACUUUGGGCUGGCACUGUAAGAUAUUGCCAUGGAGUGUAACGUCAGCGUUCAAGUGCAGCAAGAUUUAACUUUUGCAUACAUCUCCUACGUGCUGCCUGCACUGGAGGAGAUUUACACUUUCUGCAUAUUUUAGCCAGCAAAAUUCCUCCUCACUCCAAAAGAGGUUGUUUUCUAAAUAGGGCUAAUACCCCAAAUUAUCUAUUUGGGCACUUUAACCCAGCAUUAGAAUGUUGCUUGUUUACCUGGCCACUCCAAACCAACACCCCUGAGAGACUGGGUAGGGAUAAACAUCCCACACUCUCUUUCCUUCUCCACCAGUUAAUGAUUAUUAAAACUCUGCCAUUCAUAGUUUUCACACAAGAGAUAACAGAGCAAACCAAUAAUUUGGGGGCUAUCAAACAAAAGCUAUCUGCCAGAUAUAUUAAUACAACAGUUAUUUUGGCACAUUCAUGGCUUAAUGUGUGACAAAUGUUUCAGAUUUGGUUUUAAAAGCACCGUGUUAUUACUCAGAGGCAAACCAAACACCCACCUUUGUAAACACGUUACUGUUGCUGAGGAUUGGAGGAACAAAUACAAAGGGGGAGGAAAAAAAAUCUCCAAGGGGAAGAAAAAAAAAAAAAAGUGAUUUCUGCAUUGUAAUAACCUGCACAGAGACAUAUUAUUCAGGUGAUGUGCAACUACAUAAAUAAGGGACUGUCCUUCCUGCCUCUGGAUCCCGAGAAAUUGCUGUCCUCGUAAUACUCAUCCAUUUCUAAUUUAUAUCAAGAUGCAGGUUGUAUCUUACCUUUGAAAAAAUAUAUUUAAAUUGCAAUGACAGAGUGAUAGCACUGUUAUCUGGAGCUAUAAUUUCAGUUGGUAUGCAUGAUAGCACAAAUUGUCUGAAAUGAUGGGGUAUUUGGGAUGGCAUUGUAAAGAUUUUAUUACAGUUUGGAGCCGAAAGCCUCCCUGAAGUUCUGCCGAGGUUGGGAGUGGGGAGCCAGAGUUUAUUCAUAUGGAUUCUUCAGAAAUCUGCAAGGAGACUAAAUCAAAUAACAGGGAUUUUCAGAGUUUACUUACUCUUACCAUGUUAUUUUUAAGAUCCAGUAUACAUUUGAAUAAUAACAGAGGGGAGCAGAGUAUUUAGAAAAGAGAAAUAUAAAGCUGAGAUCCUUAAAAAACACACAUGCAUUCGUGUUUCCUUCUUGCAGGCAAUAUUGCUGUGAAAUAGGCAUAAAAUAGAGAAUACAGAUUGAAAUAAAUGGAAAUAAAACAGUGGAAAGAGUACUUGAAGUAUAGAAAUGCAUAAGGUACUUUAUAUUUCAAUGGCAUUUACUAGCAGAGGUUAUAUUGUCAAAUGUUAGCUAUCAUUAAAAAUAUAAAUGAAUAAUCUGGGUUAGUACUGUAGAAAAAUGU